AUUUCAAGGGUAGCAGAACGGCUUUACUUUUUUGGAUUGGGUGAGGUAGAAUAAAGGUAGCCUUGAAGUUCUUUGACUCAGAGCUUGAGAUCAAGAACCGAAUCUGAAGCCACAAGAUCAUACAAGUGUUGGGCACCGCUUUGUUUUUGUGUUAACGCGUCCUGUGACGAGAGACACACCAUGAAAGAUGUUGGGGCUAUGCUGAAGGUGAAGAGUACGCAAAUGUUCUCCUUCAAUCACAACAACACAAAAAAGAAGGUCGUAAGAAUGAGAUGAUGGCAACGGUGAGAUGAGACGAUGAUAAAGAUUGGUGAAGAGUAAGAGCACGAGUUUUUCUUCUCUGCUUUACUCUUCUUCAUAUUUGAUGGAGUAAUCUACGGUUUGAAGAUUACGUGAGAGGAAAGCUUUUCUGUGUUAAUCGCUCACUGGAUGGUAUAGUAUAAUACUUACAUUAAGAAAGCUAGAAUAUAGUCUUCAGGCAUACAGUUUGAUAUUUAUGGGUGGAAUCAGUUUAUCCUAAAAGUCCUAUAUAUAUAUAUGUCAUGUGGUUCUUGGAUUAAUAAUUUCAUUUUCUAUCCUUACUUUCAUAGUUUCCUCGCUGAAUAAAACUUGAUCAAUUUUUAAGAGGUACGGGUAAUGUUAUCCUGCAUAACAGUUUUGUUGAUCUCUUACUCUCUUGUCAUAAUGUAUGUAUCCUUUCUUCGUGUAACUGUUUUUGUUACAGUGGACACACUUACAUGUUUUUUUUUUGCAUUUUGUUUCACCUUUUUACCUUUCAUAUUGGUAUGUUUUUAUUCAUACGUCUUUUGUCUUGGAAGAUGGAAGUGAAAAGUUGAGCAAAGUAAAGAAAAAAUUGUUUUAGUAACAACUAACAAGUGGUUUAUCCAAUGUGGCAUUGACAAUUGGCUAUGGAUUGCAGCACGAUUAGCUCAGCCUUAGAACUUUGAUUGGCUCAGGCUCUGCUAUUCAAACAGACCGCUUUGGAAAUUGGCUUUAGAAGCUUUAAUUAGAGCCAUAAUGUCAAAGUCAAACAAGUAAAAGUGAUUUGUUCAACGUAUUAGAAACCCAUAGUUGUGUUCUCGUUAGCUUUUAACAAGUCGUUAACGAAUGCAGAAUAACUUCACAUGCAUCUUAGUUUCUUGUGAACGGAUCAAAGUCACGACACACGAAGCCCAUGCAUGCACAUAACCAUUACAUCUUCCAAUAAAAGAGGACAGUAUCAUCACCAGUUAACUUUGGAGGACAAGGCAUUAAACUGUUUCGUCUUCUUUAAAUUACGUCUCUUAAUCCAAUUUAUUAUCCUCAACUCUCAACUGUACUCUGCCACUUUCCUCUUCUAUAUAAACCAUCCCAUUCCAAGCAUACAUGCUAUCAAAUCAAACACAAAACAUCACAUUUGUUCGUGGUAAAAAUACAAAAUGGCUAUGAGUUUCUCAUCACUCACCAACCUAGUCAUUCUGGUCUCUGCAGCUGCGUUGCUUGUAUCCCACUCAAGUGCUCGCAACUUGCAGCAAACUCAGACACUGCCUCUUCAAGGAGCUGCUUCUCCUACCAUAGCUGAGGCUCCUACCGUCAAUGCCCCUCUCGACGACCAAAAGAACUUCAUUGUCGGUGGUGCUGCCGGAAUAGGCGGAUUCAUGGGGAUGCCAGGUGGUGGGACCGGUAUGACGUUGCCUCUUCCAUCCGGGACACCGCUUCUUGGUGGGUCCGGUGCGUUUGGUGGUAUGGGUGGUGCAAUGGGGUUUCCUGGUAUUGGAGGUAAUGGUGGCGGUUCUGUUCCGAGCUCAGGAGGUGGUUUGGUGUCUCCAUGAGAGAGUGUCUGAGAGAGAUUAAAAUCAUUGGUCUCUAGCUUUAAGAUGUGUUUGGUUUCUUUUGCGUUCUAGUUUGGAUCAUUGUUCUUGUUGUUUCUGUGUGUUGUUGUCUUUUGCUGCGUUUUCUCAUCACUUGUUUAAUGUUGUCUUGUGCUUGCGUGUUGUUUCCUUUCCUUAAAUGAAAAAUGUUUCCUUAUUA